AGAUGUUUCGUUUAAUCGUUGCUUUGAGUGUUCUGUCCCUAGCAUGGGGUUUGGAAGACCGUAUCGUGAAUGGAAAAGUAGCUUCAAUUAUGCAAUAUCCAUUUCAAGUCUCUCUCCAAAAAUAUAAUUCACAUUACUGUGGAGGAAGUGUUUUGACGGAAAAUUGGAUCCUUACAGCUGCUCAUUGUUUGAGAGAUAUUAUUGCCCAAAAUCAGAUUGACAUUCUUACUAUUCGCGCUGGGUCUUCAAAUUGGCUUCACAGUGGUGUUGUCAAGAAAGCUGAGUUUGUUUCAAUGCAUCCACUUUAUGAGCAACAUUCUAUGAUAUACGAUGUGGGUCUAGUGAAAAUAAUGGGAAGUCUUGUUUUUGGUAAUAAAAUAAAACCCAUCGCACUGCCUGCAGUUCUACCUGCACUAUAUGAGCCUGUCGUGGUAACUGCAUGGGGACAAUUGAGCGAAACGGACGGUAAUCUUGCAUCGGUUUUGCAAGCAGCUACGUUGGAAUUCCUUACGAAUGAUAAAUGCGCAUCUCCCCAAUACGGUUAUGGAAGAUCGAUUAUGAAGUCAAUGAUUUGUGCCGAUGGACCAUCAAAGGACUCAUGUCAAGGAGAUUCCGGCGGCCCACUUUCUAUUCCCCGCACUAACAUACAGAUUGGAGUGGUAUCUUGGGGACUUGGUUGUGCAAAACGUGGUUUCCCAGGAAUCUACUGCGAUCUUACAGACCCAGAAGUUGUCAGUUAUUUAAUGUCAACUGUACCCAAUUUAAAAAAAUAAGAAAGUUUAAAUUAUCAUUUCAUUAAAUGGAAUGUUUUGAAAUACUAAA